CAACAUAAAGCAGGCCAUCUUUGUCUUUGAUAACAUCAAAAACAUCAUUAUCAUUGUCACACUAAUUGCAUUGAUGUGUUUAUUAUAAUUUAUACAUAUAAAAUAUUAUGUGUAUAUAUAAUCUGUUUUAUUAUCAUAAUAAUUAUUUAGUUGAUUAGACAGAAGAGAACCCAGAAAGGAAUGGAUUUCAAUUUUGAAUUGCAUGAUUCUAUGUUCUUCCCUGAGGAUUUUAGUUUUGGGGGCAUUCAAGAUAACUUUUGUUCCACUGAUAAUAAAAUUGUGGAAAAAGUUCAGCUUUAUGGAGCUGAAGAUCAAUGGGGUUAUGAUUAUGACCCAGUUGGGAUUCAUUCAUUUUCUCCAGAUUAUGGUUAUUACCCAGAUGAGUACUUUGAACAAGGAUUAAUUUUAUCCAAGUCUCAGGUACCAGAACAGCAGCAGCUUCAACAACAACAACAACAACAACAACAACAACAACAACAACAAUCAUUUUCUGUCUAUGACAUGUUUGAUGAAAUUCCUCAAUAUGAAUCUGUCUUAAAAUCCUUUGAAAAAUGCAUAGAGGAGGUUAGUGAUGAUAUCCCAACUGUGAUCUCAGUUGUUGGAGGCAAGAGGGAUAAGAAGGAGUAUCCUUUCUCUUUUGCAGCUUUUGAGCUCUUAAACAAUCAUGAAAAGGGGUUUAAACGAUUGAAUGGGGAAAGAAUCAUUGAGCCAAGUAAUGAUAAUAAUAUUAAUCAAGUGGCUGAUGUUGCUGCUGCAGAUCACAGAAUAUUAUCAACUGAAGAGAUUUUGAGGUUUGCUGGUGAAAGAUUCAUUCAGUCCUAUUCCAAGCAACAGGCGGUAAGCCAUCCUUUCAAUUGGUCUUUCUCUGGCCUUAACUUUGAACAGACCAAGGAUGUUGAGCUAGUUGGGUUGCUUCUAGCUUCUGCUGAGAAAAUUGGGUGUCAACAAUAUGAUAGUGCCUGCAGAUUACUCCAUUUUUGUGAUGAUUUGGCUUCGAAUUCGGGUAAUCCAGUUCAAAGGGCUGCAUACUAUUUCUGUGAAGCUCUUAGAGAGAAGAUUGAUAAAGAAAGUGGAAGAAAUACAUCAAAGGGUUUGGGGAGAAUCCUUGAAUCUUUUGAUCUAGACAAGGCAAUGAUGGUACCAGAUGAGCCUAAGCUUGCAUUUCACCAAGGACUUCCUCUUUCUCAAGUGGAAAAGUUUGCAGGAAUCCAAGCCAUCAUAGAGAAAGUUUCUGAAUCAAAGAAAGUUCAUGUGAUUGAUUUUCGAAUCGCGAAUGGUGUUCAAUGGAUAGCCUUAAUGCAAGCUCUAGCAACUCGCCAUGAGUACUUCCCCAUUGAAAGUUUCAAAAUAACAGUCAUUGCAACCUCUUCAAAGCAUGUUAUGGAGGAGACUGGUAAGUGGUUGACCAACUUUGCUAAUACUCUAAAAAUACCAUUCUCUUUCAAUAUAAUUAUGGUAUCAAACAUGUUUGAGCUCAAAGAAGAUAGUUUCGAAUUGGACAACGAUGAAACAAUCGCAGUCUACUCUUCUUUUGCAUUGAGGGGAAUGAUAGCACAGCCAGCUGAAUUGGAGUCACUCAUGAGAGUGAUCAAAAGCUUGAAUCCAUGUGUUAUGGUAAUCACUGAAGUUGAAGCAAACCAUAACUCACCAGCCUUUGUGAACAGAUUCAUUGAAGCUCUUUUCUUUUAUGGAACACUAUUUGAUUGCCUUGAAUCUUUCAUGAAGAGGAAUGAACCGAAUCGAACUGAGGUUGAAGCAACUUAUUGUUUUAAGGCAAUCAGAAACAUUGUGGCCACUGAAGGAAAAGAAAGAAAUAUAAGAAAUGUGAAGAUUGAUGUAUGGAGAGCAUUCUUUGCCAGGUUUGGAAUGGAAGAGCUUGAACUGAGUCCAUCAUCUAUAUACCAAGCUAAUCUCAUUGUCAACAGAUUCCCAAGUGGGACUUAUUGUACUCUUGGAAUGAAUGGAAAAUGCCUUAUGAUGGGUUGGAAAGUGUUGCUGUUGUCACUUGAGACAUGUUUGGAGAAAUCCCAGUUGUGGUUUCAGAUGUUGAAUCCAAGAAGAAGAAGAAGAAGAAGAAACAAUGUUCCAUUUCCUUAACUUCUUCUGAGAUCUUAAGGGGCAGUAGUAGUAGUGUAGUAAAGAAGAUGAAGAAGAGAGAGAGAGUUAUGGAGGAACCAAGUUAUGGUAAUACAGCUAGCAAUGUAGGGAUGAAAUUGUCAACAGAUGACAUUUUGAGAAUUGCAGGAACAAAAUUUAUUCGAUGUUUUGAUUCCCAGCAUGCUGCUGACAAUGCUCCUUCCAUGAUGCUCAGGCACCCUUUUGAAUCAUCUUUUUAUGGUCUUUCCAUAGAAGAAACUAAAAACGUUGAGCUUGUGGAGUUGCUUCUUUCUUGUGCUGCGAGAGUAGACUGUAAAAAGUUUGAACUUGGGAGCAAAUUGCUCGGCCAAUGUGAGCUGUUAUGUUCUGCAACAGGGAAUCCAGUUCAAAGAGUGGUUUACUAUUUAUGUCAAGCUCUUAGAGAAAGGAUUGACAAAGAAACCGGACGACUUAUAGUGUUAAGUUUGAAGACUGUUCAGCUGACCGUUGAGCGGUUUGAUAUUGAUAAGGCGCUCAUGACUCUAAAUCCCUCUCUCCAUGCCUAUCACCAGAAUAUUCCGUUCUGUCAGCUGGCUAUUUUUGCAGGAAUCCAAGCCAUUAUUGAGAAUGUCAGGAAAGCGAAGAAGGUUCACAUAAUUGAUCUAGGAAUAAGGAGCGGUUCACACUGGACUGUCCUAAUGCAAGCUCUUGCUUCUUCUUGUCAUGAAUCUCAACUCGAGCUUCUCAAGAUUACUGCUGUGGGAACUUCUGCAAGAUCUGCAAUUGAGGAAACAGGAGAGAGGUUGUUGAGUUUCGCCAAGACAAUGAAUAUACCUUUGUCUUUUAAGAUAGUGAUGGUACCAGACAUGUCCCAUCUUAAAGAAGACCUUUUCGAGCUAGAUUGUAAUGAAACAGUAGCUGUCUACUCUUCAUAUUCACUUAGGAUCUUUCUUUCAGAGCCAGAUCAAUUGGAGCAUUUAAUGAAAGUGGUAAGGAACUUAAAUCCAUGUGUGAUGGUUUUAAUUGAAAUGGAAGGUAACCAUAACUCGCCAGUUUUUGUUAACCGAUUUGUUGAAGCCCUUUUCUUCUAUGGCACAAUGUUUGAUUGCUUUGAAACUUGUAUGGAAAGGAAUGAUCCUAAUCGAAUGCUGUUUGAAGCAACUUAUUGUUUUGAGGCUAUCAGAAACAUUGUGGCCACUGAGGGAGAGGAGAGGAAGAUAAGAAUUGUAAAGAUUGAUGUAUGGAGAGCUUUCUUUGCCAGGUUUGGAAUGGAAGAACUCGAGUUGAGUCCUUCGUCUAUAUACCAAGCUAAUCUCAUUGCUGACAGAUUCCCAAGUGGGACUCACUGUAAUCUUGAAAUUAAUGGAAAAUGUCUAAUGAUGGGUUGGAAAGGUACACCAGUUCAAUCUCUUUCUGUUUGGAGAUUCCAUCGAUGUAACAAUAUAAACUAGUUUAAAAGGUUAUAGAGCUUUCGAAUUGAUAGAUUCUGCUCCAAGGUUAUUGUGUAAUGAUCGUAGUUACCAACAGAUAUUAGCUCUAGAUUCCUAAUUUCAUGUUACAAUGUCUGCUUGAUCAUCAUUUAAUCAGUUUUGUAAUGAUCAUAGUUACCAAUAGAUACUGCUCUUGAAAGUUUGUUAUAUGAUGGGGUUUUUUCCUUUUA